GAUAAUAAUAACCUCCACUCACACGGAGGUGUUGUUAUGGCUAAGCACACAAAUGUUGGAUUUUUUAUAAAUAAUUAGUUAAGACGACUGUUCAUCUGGGCAGUCCAAUGGUUGAGGGGGGUCACAAGAGUUAUGUGCCAAAUAUGAUCAAUGGAGCAGCUCAAGCAGAUCUUGGUGUUCUGGUUAUUUCUGCCCGUAAAGGGGAAUUUGAAACUGGAUAUGAGAGGGGUGGGCAAACCCGUGAACAUGGUCAGCUUGCACAAACUUUGGGUGUAUCUACGCUGUUUGUGGUUGUGAACAAAAUGGAGGAUCCCAUUGUUAAGUGGUCAAAAGAAAGAUAUGAUGAAAUUGAAUCUAAGAUGAUACCAUUUCUGAGGUUUUUAGGCUACAAUGUGAAAAAGUUCUUACCAAUAUCUGGUCUUCUUGGUUCCAACAUGAAAACGAGACCGGACAGGAGCAUAUGCCCCUGGUGGAAUGGCCCCUGCCUCUUUGAAGUUCUUGAUGCAGUUGAAAUUUCUCCUAGAGAUCAAAAGGACUCUGACUAUUUCUUGAGUUCCUAUGACUUUGAUUCCAAACAUAAGAUGCCUAUAAUUGACAAAUUUAAAGACAUGGGAACUGUCAUAAUGGGAAAGGUUGAAUCUGGUACCAUGCGUGAGGGUGAUUCCUUAUUAGUCAUGCCAAACAAGGCUCAAGUGAAAGUUCUUGCCAUUUACUGUGAUGAAGAUAAGGCUACAUGUGCUGGACCUGGUGAGAAUCUGUGGGUUAAGUUAUCUGGUAUUGAAGAAGAGGACAUAUUAUCUGGUUUUGUGUUGUGUAGUGUUGCUGGCUAUAAGGCUGUCUUGCAUGUUCAUUCUGUUGUUGAGGAAUGCAAGAUUGUUGAGCUGCUACAACAAAUUGAUCCCAAGACAAAGAAACCCAUGUAAAAAAAGGUUCUAUUUGUUAAGAAUGGUGCUGUUGUUGUUUGCCACAUUCAGCUUCACUCUUUGCCUUUUCACUCUUUUGGAAAUUCCAAAGUGUUUAUUCUCUGACACUUGGAAUUAUCUAGAAUUAUGAAUGUUUUCCAUUCAGCACGGUAUCAUCCUCCUGCUUGAUAAUUGUGGGACUGCUAUAAUUUCUAUUUAUAUAAAAGCUGUAGCAUUGCUCUGUUAUUUAUGCACCUUCCAAGCUUUCAAAGGUCUGAAGUGGUCGGAAUCUCCCACCAAUAUUACAUUUUGUCAAAUGGUUUUCACUGGUAGUUUAUUUUUAACAGGGAAAGAAGUCUUGCUUUGAAGAAGAGACUAGCCCAAUUAUAUUUGAAACAUUUCUCUCUGUUUGAAAUUUGGUUCAUGAAUUAUAUCUUUGUGGCAAUAUUGUCUCAGGUGAACAACUUGAUUUGUGUUGAGAGAUUCUCAGAUUAUGCACAACUUGGAAAGUUUACUCUUUGAACUGAAGGUAAGUGACUGCAUUUUCAUUAUUCAUGAAUUACCCUAGGCGUGCCGUGUGUAAUUUGGAUUACUGUGUCUACAGGAAAAACAGUUGCAGUGGGAAGAGUCAUGGACAUUCCUUCAAGUGCCAGUGCAUAAAAAAGUUUUGUUGUUAGGGGUGAGAAAUUAAAUUUGUAGUUCAUUU